AUGAACAUUGGCAGAGCCCAACCCAGGCAAACUGAUGAGCAUGGUGCCUACGAUCCCACAAGAUACGUGCCAAUCGUCGAGUUGGAAAACCGCCAACUCAGACGUUGCUUGGAGGAGGCAACCCAACGGAAUGCUGAGUUGGAACAUGAGGCACUCGCGAAAAAACCUGAUCUUUGCCAACAACUCGGUCCAAAGCAAGGGGAUCCAAUCCAAAUGCGAAUAGGUGAGUUGGAGGAUAAGUUCAGAAGAUAUCAAGUCGGGGAGCAAGGAAAACAAUAUGGAUAUGACUCGGAUGAGGAACUCGAGCCAUACCAUCUAAACAUCAUGAAUACUCCUUUUCCUUGGGGAUUUGAAAACCCCCACGUCUCGUCAUAUGAUGGGACCACUGAUCCAAUCUCGCAUUUGAAUAAUUUCAAUACUAUAAUGCGAGCUAGCAAUGUUACAAACAAUCUAUGUUGUAUUUUGUUUCCCACCUGCCCAGUUGGAGUAGCAAGCAGCUGGUUCAAUAAGUUUACUCAUCAUUUCAUCACUUCUUGGGAACAGUUGUCUAAGGACUUCAAAAAGCAGUUCCAAGUUGCGAGGGAUAGGCGACCCAAAGCAUCCUCACUCACCAACAUAAAGCAACAGCCUGGCGAGAUGCUUAAGGCAUACUUAAGUCGUUUUAGCACAGCUGCUGCGAGAGUAAGGAAUUUGAAUGAUAGUACCCAGCAUACUGCCCUUCAGGCAUGGAUCGAUACUGAUCUCUCCACUGCAGGAAGCGAACUGUGGGACGACCUACAGGGUCCUCCAGUGAAAAACAUCACCGAGUUCAACGAGAGGGCUGAGGUGUUUGUUCGAAAGGAAGAAGCUCAAAAAGAGAUGAACUUGCUAAAAACUGGCUCGGGAGGCAAACCCAGCUCUAUUUCAACAAGUACUAUCUCGACUAAAGCUGAUAACCCAGGGGCCUCUAGCUCAAAGAGGAAAGACAACUCUAAGGGGUCAUCUAAAGACAAGAAGAAACAAAAGAAGCACGACAAGUACGUGCCAGUUUAUACCAUUUAUACCAAGCUUAAUGAAACUCGGGAAAACAUCUAUCUCAUGCAUGAGAACAAGGGAUUACAACCUCCUCUUGUUAAGGGAGAGGAUAUCCUAGUUAUCUUCGGAGGGCCACAUAUUGCAGGAGAAAGCAAUAAUGCCCAAAAGAGGUACAUGAAGGAAAUGAAGAACUCGCAGUCUGCCUUUUCUCUAGAACCUUCCAAGAAAGUAAAGACAGAAGAACCUCCGAUUAUAAUUUCGCAGGAAGAUGAAAAAGAUGUGAGGUACCCUCACGUCGAUCCAUUGGUAAUCAACAUCCAGCUCGCUAACAAGAGGAUAAAAAGGGUGCUAGUGGACAGCAGAAGUUUAGUGAACAUCCUUUACAGGAAAACACUGAAAAAGAUGGGGCUUGACAAAGCUAAAUUAAGACCGUCCAUGGUAAAUCUUUAUAGAUUUACUGGCGACAGUGUCGCUAGUCAAGGAAUAAUCAAGCUCACAUUAACUUUGGGCAAAGUGCCUUUAUCCACCACAAUAAUGCAAGACUUUUUGGUUGUCGACAUGCCAUCAGCCUACAAUAUAUUGUUGGGUCAUCCAACAUUAAUUGGACUAGGGGCAGUUACUUCGAUUAAGCACUUAUCCCUAAAGUUUCAGACACCACUAGGUGUGGGAGUAGUGCGAGUGAUCAAAUGCUGGCUCGCGAAUGCUAUCACAUUAAGUUGUAGCACAGAAAAGCCAGUUACCAGCUAA